CGGCGCUGCGUUGCACGUGUUGCAAUCUCGCGGACAACUGCGUCGGGCGGCUCAGUCAGCGGCGUGUCCGUGAGAAGCCCGACAGGGGCAACGAGUUUUUCCGAUGCGGUGGUUCGGAUUUGGCUUUAACGCAUUCGGACAGAUUCACGUCCGCGGGAGAGCUACUUCCGCAGCGAGCGGCGACGUCGCAGCGGAAGUCAAAGUGAUCGGUCCGACAGAGGUCACAGGUCACGAGGGGAGCCGCCGCUUGAAGACCUGUCGCAUCAAAGCGAGCUGGAGUCGAAGAGCGUCUUUGCACUUGAAUGGAGACAGCUGUGUGUGCCUGGCAGGUUUCGGAGCAGCCACCUCCGAUGAGUCCUGUGGUGUUUCGGUGGUAGUAAGUCGCGGCUGUACUGAUGCGUCUAUCGGUGAACUGCACCUGACCCUCGUCUUCCCUGACAGGAUCGAGUCCUGGGACCUCCAGAAGAAAGAGGAGACUCCAUCAUGGAGCAUGGAACUAGAACCCCAGUCAGAGAGCUCUGGACCCCCUCUGAAACUCCCAUUGGUCCCUGGGGGUUACAUAGCGACAAAGCCUCCCUUCUACCGCUCCUUAUCACCGCACCUGAAAGCCAAGAGUCUGGCCCUGGGAGCGGAGCAUGCCAUCCUUCUCUGUGCCACAGGAGCUGUGUACACAUGGGGACUGGGAAGCCACGGUCAGUUGGGACACGGAGGCCUCACCUCUGAGGAGGAGCCCAGGGCAGUGGAGGCACUCUGUGGGAUGACCAUGAGCUCUGUCGCUACAGGAGGAUGGCACUCGGUGUGCAUUAGUGAUGGGGGUGACCUCUAUGUGUGGGGCUGGAAUGAGAGUGGCCAGCUUGGACUUCCAUCCCGAGGUCUGAGGAAAGCGCUGCAGCAGCAAAGUAGCCAACAAGCAGCAGGAGCAGCCUGCCAAGUUGCCGACUCAUCUCCUGGUGAAGAGGUGUUCAUAUCGAUCCAGGCAUUCCCGGCUCUGCUGGAUGUCGCUCCGUCGUGUGAAAUCAGGACAGUUAGCUGUGGCUCCCGACACACAGCUGCUGUGACAACCACAGGUGAUCUCUACACCUGGGGCUGGGGUGAAUAUGGCCAACUUGGACACCAGACGUUAAUCAGUUCAGAUGAGCCCAAGUGUGUGGAAUUCUUCAGGGAGCAGCAAUUGCAUGUAGUUGAUGUGACGUGCGGGAUGUGGAACACUUUCGCUGCUGUCAUCGCAGAGGAAGCAGCUAGCUCUUGAAAGAAACAAUAUAAAUCCCCCUGACAAACGUGGACAUUGGACUUUGGACAACAUAUCAGGAAGUGUAAGAAAAACAUGAGUUUAAAUUAAAUAUAUUUUGUGAUAUAAUACAUGUCAUUUGUUUGUAUGUCUGUGUAAAAAGAAUGGUAAUUCAGUACAUUUUGUAAAUAUUUUUUUAUUUUCUUUACAGAUUUCUUUUUAAAAAACCAUAGGGAUUUUAAAUUUGAAAAAUAUCACAUAAAAACUGUUAAGGCAAUGAGAUCCAGAGGUAAAUAUAAUUUAAGGCAAAUAUCAAAAAUUGCUAUAGUCGAAAAUGAAAGACCAUAAUAUGAGAAAUAAAGGGUAAUGCAUUUCCACAGCCCCCUAGAGGUCUUCACAGCACGAUCUUGAAAGAACUG